UCUCUCGCUGCUACUGCAAGUUGUUACGCUGCGCAUCGUUGCCAAGUUGGAUGGCGGGAGAGCCUGUACAGUAGUUGCUAUGUCGCUGCCAGUGCGUGCGGUUUUAUCAAGUGUACCUCAGUUUCAAUCGAUAAAUUCAAAGCGCUUUCCCUUCACAGAGUGAGUGCUCUCCAACGUAGACCAAAGCGGCGAAAUGGAAGGCUAUUGCUAUUGCCGCUGCUCUUGUGGUUGGAAUGUUUACAAUUUGUGAAUGGAUAUUGUUGUGGGCAUUGCGUGUUGUGUUGGAAAUGGACAGGAGUGCUGCUAUGUGCUAGCCCAGUGUGUGAUUAUUUCCUUCUUCGAGAGUUAACUUCCACCACAAUGUGACCACAUCGUUAGCAGAGAUCACCAUCAUCUAUUAGCAUGUGCGGAAAAUCGAUCCUCCUCAUAAUGCCGCCACAAGACAGAAACUAACUGGGUGUUCGUGUGAAGACCAAACCUUCUGUGACCUGCAAGUCUUCGUGCUGCUCCUAUCUUCGUGCUGCAUUCCCAACAAAAAGCAGCAAGCAGCCUCGAUAGACGCAGCUUUUGUCUUGACCAUCAAUAAUUUAUUUAUAGAGGCACCAACAAUCCAUGUCCAGGUGCUGUUUUAGCCACAGCUUUUUUGUCUCUAUAAUAUUGUGAUACAAUAUCAGCACUGACGAGGACUUCUGAGAGUGUUUUCCCCAAAGUGACGUUGGACUAACUUCUACUCUAAAUCUACCAUGGCGUUGACACUCCACCUUAGGUACGCGGAGAACCUGAAGGGCCGGGCGGAGAGACUGGCCAAGGUGUCAUUUCGAGGUCUGUCACACUACACGAAGACAGUGGAAAAUAUGGAGGAAUCAGUGAUAUUUGAUGAGAUGUUCGAGUGGCCCGUGGCCCGACCAAUCGAGUCCGAGGAGGUCAUCGACAUUCAGGUCUACAACUACAACAAAUACCUCAGCAACAGACUCGUGGGCACAUUCCGCAUGAUCCUACAGGAACUUAUCGAGGUUGGCAACGUGAAGAUUUCCGACUGUCUCCUGGACGCCAACAACGUAGUCAUGAAGACGACCAUCACGUUUGAGCUGACGUACAACGCUCCUGACGGCUCCGUGGGACUGUGGCAGAAGGGUGGCUUCGAGAAGCUUCGCAGUAACGACUUGCGCCGGGGUCUGAGCGAGGAGGAGCAACAGAAUGAGCUGAACAAGAUUGACCAGCGGUCAAUGGUCGCGGACUUCGAGCGGGAUGCCGACUCCCAGUCCAUCAGGUCGGUGAAGUCCCAAAGCAGCCAGAGCCAAAGCAAAUCCAUCAAAGGCUCCAUGCUCAGUCUUGUCUCAAGGUCGUCUGCCAGUAAAUCGCCAACCAAAAGCUCCGGUAGCAGAACACUGGGCUCAGUGGUCAAAAUGGCGAUGAUGAUGAAGCAAAAACCCUUCUCUGGCAGCGACACAGAUGAAGACAGGCUCACAUUGACCGGAAACGAAGAGCUUGACCCAGACUCCAGCGACCUGGACGCCAAGGCAGCAGAAGUGGCCUCUAUGUUGGCCGCGACCAACCGGAACCUGGACCAGGACGAGGGCACGGGCAUGCACGUACCCCUGGCGGUGCAGGGGAAGAGAGGAAAGUCGACUCUGAUGAGCGAAGAUUCGCUCAUGAAAGCACAGGAUUUCCAGGUCUGCGUAACAAUCAUCGAAGCCCGACAACUCGCAGGUUUGAACAUGGACCCUGUGGUUUGUGUCCAGGUCGGAGAUCAGAAGAAGUACACCAGUGUCAAAGAGUCCACCAACUGUCCCUACUACAACGAGUACUUCGUCUUCGACUUCCACAUGCCACCCUUGAUGCUGUUUGACAAGAUCAUCUCAUUAACAGUGUGCCAGUCUGGCCGUAUCCUCAAGACGUCAAGGGUGCUUGGAUCCUAUAAGUUGGACGUUGCUACUGUUUACGCCCAGUCAGAUCAUCAGUUCUACCACAAGUGGGCCAUGCUCAUGGAUCCUGAUGACAUCAAUGGCGGGGUCAAAGGUUACCUGAAAUGCGACAUUGCUGUCAUUGGGAAGGGCGACUCAGUGAAGGUACCGCCAAAGUCCGACAAAGAAGAUGAGGACAUUGAAGCCAACCUUCUCCUCCCCGAUGGGGUACCAGCUGACCGACAGAAGGCUCGCUAUGUUGUCAAGAUCUUCAAAGCCGAGGGCCUUCCCAAAAUGAACACUGGCGUUAUGGCGAGUGUCAAGAAAGCCUUUACUGGAGAAAACAGAGACCUGGCGGAUCCUUACGUCGAGGUUCAUUUUGCCGGCCACAAGGGCAAGACAUCUGUGAAAAAAGGCUGCUACGAGCCCGUGUGGAACGAGCAGGUUGUGUUCACGGAGAUGUUCCCCCCGCUCUGUCGUCGGCUCAAGCUCCAGCUACGAGACAGCGACAGUGUCAAUGACGACAUCAUUGGCACUCACUUCAUCGAUCUCUCUUCUAUCUCUAACGAGGGCGAGAAAGGCUUCCUCCCAACCUACGGCCCCGCUUGGGUCAAUAUGUACGGCUCCACCAGAGACUACCGCAUCAUCGGCAAACAGGGCCACCUCAACGACGGCCUCGGGGAAGGGGUGUCUUACAGAGGUCGUCUGCUGGUGGCUCUCAAGACAGAGAUUAUCGACAGUGAGGACCUGGGGGCUACUUUGGUGGAAGUGGAGGCAGCCCCGCCCAUUUCUGAGAACGCUGCCGGUCGCCCUGAAGAGUAUUUCCUUCUCGGAGUCUUCCUGGAGGCCACAAUGAUAGACAGAAAGAUCGGGGACAAACCAAUACACUUUGAGAUCAGUUUCG